CCAAUUCGCUUUCUUAAUUUUACUCAGUUCUCACUCUCUCUCUCUCUCUCUCUUUCCAUUGCCAUACUCUCAAAACCUUCCACUAUACCAAUCAUCAUGUUCAUCUCCUAGCCUUUCCACUCCAGUUACUGAUACCUCCAAAUGAUUUCUAAAACUUCAGUACAACCCACCAUGAUCCAUCCUCCUCAAAGGCUCGUUAGAAUCAUCCUCACAGACGCCGACGCCACUGAUUCUUCCAGCGAUGAAGAGUCCUAUCACCAUCACAACAGCAACAACUCUGCACGACAAGUCAAAAGAAUCGUCAAAGAAAUCAACCUUCAACUCUUUCGUCCUUCACAAUCCCCACCUCCCUCUACAAAUCAACCCUCCAGAAAGAAGAAACCCACAAAGCUCAAGUCAACGGUAGCUGACGUCACUGCCUGCAAAAAGUAUAGAGGAGUCCGCCAGCGACCUUGGGGCCGUUGGGCCGCCGAGAUCCGAGACCCGACCAGAAGAAAACGGGUCUGGCUUGGUACUUAUAAUACGCCUGAAGAAGCUGCUACUGCUUAUGAUAAAGCAGCACUGAAGCUAAAGGGUGCUGACGCCGUUAUAAACUUUCCUAACUCCGUUUCAACGGAACCCGUUGUUGUCGGUCAAAAGCAUAAAGUUGAAGUCCAAGAUCAAUCGCUUAACGGUAGUUCUGCUCCUUCGCCCACUUCUGUUUUAUGUUACGACCAGUUAACUCCGUUCGAUAACGGGUUGGGUUACGGUGACAUUGACAUUGACGUUGACGCUGACGUUUUCGGUUUCGAUUUCGGUUUCAAGAUUGACGCGCCGUUAAGUCUGCCUGAUUUUGUGUCGUCGGAGAAAUACUUUGGGGAGGAUGAGUUUAGCGAGUUUAACGUUGACGAAUUUUUAGUGGAAGACGUGCUAUAGAACACGUGUCUUAAUACUGUGUUUGUCACUUGUGGGAUGGAUAGUUACUGAAGAAAAAUAUUAGGGAGAUUUUUGUAAUUUUCCGUGUUACAAGUUCUGUCUGUUCUGUGACUAAGCAGCCAAGAAUUCGUGACGUGGCAUAGUGUGAUUUUGGCGUUUGAGGAACAAAGGUUGAAGUAGAAUUCCAAAAUUAGUAAAUUUUGUUUGAUAAUUGGAUAUUAUUUAUCAAACUAGGGAGUGUAAUUGAGUGAGUUAGCAGAUUUUGGCAACUAGAAAGGUUAGCUCAAACGUCUUAUUGACGAUUUUGUAAUUUUGAACAAUUAAUUAUUAGUUAGUGUUCUAUUUAUAAAUCAAA